CGUAGGGAGGGCGUCUCGUUAGCGUGAGCAGCAAGGGACCGCCGGAGGCUUUCCCCACGAGGAACUUGGAGUGGAGUAUGUCGGUGGCUACCGGAGGGAGCGAGCCAGGGGCCGCCGCCAACACUGGAGGCGGCGGCGGCGGCGGUGGCGGCAAUCGGGUUUUCUUCCAGAGUCCCCGCGGGGGCGGCGGCUCGUCCCGAGAGGAUUCGGUCGCCCCGGCGGCGGCGGUGGUACAAGUUCAGCAGCAGCAACGGCGCCAUCAGCAGGGGAAAGUGACAGUCAAAUACGAUCGCAAAGAGCUGCGGAAAAGGCUGGUGCUGGAGGAGUGGAUCGUGGAACAACUCGGGCAGCUCUACGGCUGUGAGGAAGAAGAGAUGCCAGAUGUAGAAAUUGACAUUGAUGAUCUUCUUGAUGCUGCUAAUGAAGAAGAGAGAGCACUCAAAUUGCAAGAAGCGCUUGUAGAUUGCUACAAACCUACAGAGGAUUUUAUCAAAGAACUGCUAACUCGGAUAAGAGGAAUGAGGAAACUGAGCCCUCCUCAAAAGAAGAGUAUAUAACUGGAGUGGGAGCCAUCCUGAGAGACGUGACCAUGAAACUGGAACUUUUGAAUAGAAUACAUUCUAGCUUGGUCUUUAUAAGCAAUUUAUUUUUAUUUUUUGUUUCAUUUCUGGCAUUUAAUGAAUUUUGACUCUGUGUCUUUAAAGAUUUUUUUAAGUGUCAUUUUUUAUCAUGGAUUAUCAACUUCAUGGAUGCUGCUUUUACUACUUGAAAUUUAUUAAAGUAAUGGGGGGACUGCCACAUUAGAGACAAUUUAAUUGUUUCAGUCAGUAAUCCAAUUUGGUGGAUCGUAUGUAGAACUAUUGGGGGAUUUUUUUUUUUUACAACUACUUGGAUAACUUAAGUUGUACAUCAGACUUACGGAUAUCAAGAUUCUUGUGCUUGUGUACAUAAAUUAUUGAGUGAGUUACCAAUGCUUCACAUGGGUGGAAGGGAAAUGUGGUCUAGUCAACCAUUUAAAUGGAAGUUUGUAGCAGCUGUGGUGUUGGGGAUGGGGGAGGGAUGCAAUUUGUUAAAGUAAAUGGUACCACUGUUUCUAAAUGCAUUUAAAGCAUUGGGUGAAUACUUUCAUUCACAAAGUAACAUAUGAGCAAGCUGGGGGAUUUUAAGGGCUUAAUUUUGUAGGCUUUGAACUUACUUUAUUGACUUUGAUGCUUAGCCAGAUCAUCUCCUCUUCACCUCAUGGUCUGUGAGGAUUGUAUUAAUUGACUGCCUACAGGUCUGAUGCAACCGUGAAGGGUUGAUGCUGUUUAAAGGAGUUUCUUGCAGGGGGAAAUGCAAGUGCAAUCAAACCAGCUGUGUGCUGGGCCCACUGCAGUUCCUCAUUACUCCUCUUAGAAAAUAGGUAGCCACAAAUACUAGAUCAUUUGACAUCAGCCUGGUGGGGGGAGGUUCUCAGUUGUGAAAGCAGGGAUCCCUCACUCUUCAGGAAAACAUUUCACAGGCUACCAUCUGCAGGGAGAUGCUAGUCUGGCAUUUUAUAUCAAGGGUGCUCUGAACAUAAUUUUAUUUUUUAAAAGACAAAAUACAUGUUUGUGAAUGUUGUGUAUACUGGCAAGCUUUUUAAAAUGUAUUUAAUUUUGUAAUGUUUUAUCAAUGACUUUAUUUACCAGAUAUUUACUCAAAUAAAUGCAACCACUUGUG